CAUUCAUUCAUUCAGCAAAACAUGGCUCCUGGUCAAUAUUUUCUCGAUUCAGACUUUUCACUAAACGGUACCAUCACUGAGAGCUUCUCUCUAAACGGAACUGAAAAUACCACCAUCUACUGUCGACAAAAUGCCACUUUAUUGUUCAAUGGUUUUACAAGCGUAACUAUUCAGAAUGUGGCCUUUGUUUCGUGUGGUGAAGGUGAUUUGCCUGGUAUAAGCUUGACGAACAUCAACGAUAUCCCAUAGUGGUGUGUACAAAGAGGUACCCCGUCACCAUCUGCUAUAUCAGUUUGGUCAGAGUUUUCCAACUUAAAUAAAGUGCAGAUUGUUUCUUUAUUGCCGACUGUGGUGACGUUACGCACACUCUCAUGAUGGACAUCAGUGUAGCUAACACCACCUCUGGUGCUCUCUACAUUAAAGACAGCUCAAAUGUUGAGCUCACUAACCUCGUGAUUAUCAAUAACAAAAACUCACUUGCUACGAUCGUCAUCAUACAAAACUCAGGAAAUACCUCAUUAAAUAACCUCAACAUCUUUAACAACAGUAUUGGAGAAUAUGAUUCUGAGUAUAUCUACAGCAGCUUUCCUAAUGCAGAAGAGGUGGUGUUUCGAAUCGAUGGUUGUAUCCUUACAGCUGAAAGUAUUUAUGUGACUGAUAAUGUUGGACCGUUUGGUGUAAUGGCCUUGAGUAACGUUGAGGCAGUUGUGAAUGGAGACUGAUUAUUUGAACGAAACCUUGUCUGUCUAGGUGGUUCAUUAUUCUUGAGUGAGGUGAACAUUGAAUUUCAGGGGACUCUAUCCUCCAGUGAAAAUAAGGGUAUCAGUGAAAAAGAAAAAUCCACUGCUGGACUAUAUUUCAAAAACAGUCAGCUAAAUAUAAAUGGGACAAUUGAAUCAAUUGCAAACGAAGGUUACAUUACAUCAAUUCAAUCUGUGAGCUCUAAUAUAUUUUUAAUGGAGGGAGCAUCUCUACUUCUGAAUGGUAAUCACGGAGCUGGAGUGAUGUCACUAGCAGAAGGAUCAAAACUGAUCAUCCUCAACGGAACCCUAAUGGCUUGUAAUAAUACACUUCGUAAACGUGUCAUUAAAGUAGAUACAUCUGAAAUGAUGGUCAAUGGUAAUAUCAUGUUUAUCAACAAUUCAAAAUCUCCUCUUAUUGGUUACAUUGCUAAAAUUCACUUGGAUGGUCAAGUCGAGUUUUCCAUGAAUGCAGGAGUUUUGUAUGCUCUAAGGUCUGAUCUGGAUAUAAACGGUAACUCAACUUUUUAUCGUAACAAUGUUGCUGAUGGCUACAAAGAGGGUGCUGUUGCUAUUCAACAAAGUACCCUCAAUUUGAGUGGCUAUUACAUGUUUCUUGAAAAUAGAUAUGAAAAUGCGGACGGUGGUGGUGCAAUAUAUGCAAUACUCACGUCUGUUGUUAGGUUUAGUGGAAUCGGAAAGUUUGAAAACAACUCAGCAAAGAGUGGAGGUGCAAUUUUCCUUGAUCAAAUGUCUCGGCUUGAACUCUACAAUGAAACUGAACUCCGUUUUGUGAACAACUCCGCAAUAAAAGGAGGUGCCAUUUUUAUUGGGACAUCUGUCGAACACGUUCAGUGUGUUAAUGAUCUGAACACGUGUUUGUUUGGUCCUAUCAACACUGGAAAUCUUAAUGCUUCUCUCAUAUUUCAACAAAACACAGCAUACCCUGGGGGAAGUGUCAUGCAUGUCAACUUUGAUAUCAUCAAUGAUUCAGAGAUCACGUAUCAAGCUUUGAAGGACUUGGAAGAAACACUCAAAAUAGCUUCAGGAAAAUCAGUACCUACUCUUGCGUCUGAUAGCUAUUGGUUUUGUUUCUGUGAAAACGAUUCACGGAAAGGUUGUGCAAGAAACGAUCCUCCAUUAGACAUAUUAGCAAUCAAGGGAAAACUAUUUUCUGUAAUGGUAAGAGCACUCAAAUUUUAUGGGAAUAUUAACAUGUCAGAACCUAUUCGAAGAAAUUUGUGGUCUGCAUUAUUAUCGAUAGACAGUGAUGAUAAUACAACGUCUUCUCUAACUACAGACAGGAAGCUUCAAAGAGUUAGCGUUCAAGAGUGUAAUGAAGUAAGCUUCACUGUGAAAUCCAAGGCGGACAUGGAAGUUCUGAUAUUGAAUGUGGGCGAGUCAUUUCUGGAUGGCGAGAAAGCACUUGAACUAAAUGUACUCUUUGAGUCAUGCCCGGAUGGUUUUCCACUAGACAAAGAUAAUGCCAGCUGCGUCUGUGACAGGCAAAUCAGUAAUUAUCUGCAAAGCUGUGAGAUAACGGAUGACAACUUUCAGAAGAAAAGUGAAUUUCAAAUCUAUUGGAUGGCACCAGCAAAUCAACCUAAACAUCAAGGAGCAAUGAGUUGGUAUGAAAGCUGUCCUUAUAGAUACUGUAUUACAGAGGAAAACUUCACUUUUUCAAAUGAUGAUAUUUGUGACAACAAUAGGUCUGGUGUACUGUGUGGAAGCUGCAAAGGGAACACUAGUUUAUUGCUCGGUGGAGAAAUGUGUGGGGACUGUUCGGAUAAUGGACACUUGGCGCUAUUAGUAGUUUGUACAGUGGCUGGAAUACUAGUGGUUGCUCUAAUCUUCCUAUCGCAAAUCACAGUAUCUUCAGGAACUAUAAAUGGACUCAUCUUCUACGUCAACAUUUUAAACAGCAAUCAGACCGUGUUCUUCCCAGUGGGAUUCUUCCGUGGCUAUAUCAUCUUCAUAUCAUGGCUGAACCUCGAUUUCGGAAUCGAAACAUGCUUCUACGACGACAUGAAUCACAUUGCAUACAGUGGACUACAGUUCGUAUUCCCAGUUUACAUCUGGAUACUAGCAGGCCUGAUUGUUGUUCUAUGCCGAUACUCUGUACGGGUAUCGAAGUUUUUCAGUACCAGUGACCCUGUAGCUGUUCUUGCUACCAUAAUCUUGUUGUCUUUCAACUCGCUAGCCCAAAAUAUCAUCAGUAUUUUCUACUAUUCGACUAUCAAUAACCCAGGGAACAAUAGAAUAAAAGUUUGGAGAUAUGACGGAAGUGUUGAUUAUGCCUCAGGGGAUCAUUCGGUUCUUAUCAUAGUUGCAUUAGUCUCCUAUUGCUACUGGCAUACACACUUGUACUGUUCUCUGCACAAGUUUUACAAAAAAGCGAAUUCAUCUCGACAAUUCUUCAACGAUUGAGACUUCAGCCUUUCAUACACGCAUACUUGAUCUCUUUCAAACCCAACCAUCGCUACUGGACAGGACUUAGUCUCCUAAUGAGAGUCAUGCUACUAACCAUAUUUGCAUUUGGAGAAAACCAGCAUAUAAAUUUUCUUGCUAUCAUUACCACCUGUAUUGUUGCUAUAACUAUGUUCAAGGUGACUGGAGGAAUAUAUGACAAGAGUUGGAUUGACACACUGGAGAUGUCCUUCUUGGUGAACCUAGGUGUGCUUGCAGCAGCUACCUCAUAUUCUCUGAAUUUUUCAAUCAACGAUCAUAGAGCAAUUGCCACAUAUAUAUCGAUCUCAAUAGCACUACUAACUUUCAUUGGGAUUAUAUAUAGUUGUGCAUGUUUACUGGCGACUCAAGAAGCUGCCAGUGUUGAAGGACAGCAUGGAAGCUUUAACCAAUAAAAUUGGCGGAAUUAAGAAACAAAAACUAAUUAUAAAUGAGCCGGCUGAAUUGGAAGCUAACAACGUUACUCAUAGUGUGGCUGAGAUGACCACUACAUAUCAAGUUGAUCUGAGGGAGCCAUUGCUAGAAAGCCAAAUACAUUGAGACUCAUCCCUAUAACUAUUAUAUACGCUGCAUGCUUAUUUAUUGCUUUAGUUUAAAUUAGCAUAUUAGUAGAUCUAUGCAUUUGGGUAAUGCCGUGACA